AUGGAACGGGCAGGUUUACAAAACCUCAAACAUUUUACAUAUACUGGAGAAGGUACACUGCAAGAAAUGUUUCUCAUUCUAGGGCAAGUUCUGAAGGACAGAGUAACUGAAAGAGUGAAUAAGUCCAAAUUUUUUGGCUGUCUUGUUGAUGAAGUGACAGACGUUUCUGUUCUUCAACAGUUUGUCACUUUUGUUAAGUACAUCCAUGAGGGGAAAAGCAGGACUGAAGUUUUGCACACAGAACAUCUGUCUGAAGCUAAAGGUAAAGCACUUGCAGAAUCCCUUGAAGGUAUCCUGAAAAAAUGUUCUCUUGACAUUUCGAAGAUCAAGUCUUGUGUUUCUGAUGGGGCCAAUGUAAUGCUUGGGGCACAUAAUGGAAUGGUCGCACACAUCCGAAAGAAAGUCCCUGACCUUGUUAACAUUCACUGUGUGUGUCACCGGUUGGCAUUGGCGUUUGUCGACACGUGCUAAGAACUGACGUACUUGCUGACCGUGGAAAGAUUGCUGAAUCAAGUGUGGAAAUUUCAUGACUACUCUCCUAAGAAAACGGCCAAGUUAGUGAUGGUACAAAUGGAACUUCUUAAGCUCCUUCCAACUGAGCAAAUGGCGCAGGCCAAGAAGGGAGUAAAGAAAGCCAAGAAAGCAGCAGCAACCAGAUAGCUUUCACACAAGGCUUCAGUGGAAUCUAUGAAGCAAGAGUUUGUGGCGCAUAUUACUGUGUUUGAUUUCUUUAAAGAAUCAGAUGCAACAGCAUGUGGUUUGUUAACCCAGACUCGGAAUCACAAGUUUAUUGGUGCAAUUUACAUCAUGGAUGCUGUUUUGCCUCCCCUGGCGAUCCUCAGCAAAGCUUUUCAAUUUGGGGAAAUUAGUUUUGAUGCAAUUCCUUCAGCAAUUUCUGCCUGUAUAGCAAAGUUGGAUAAAGUUGUGAGUGAGAAAGAUGAAAUCCUUUCCCAGUUAAGCCAGGAUAUGGAGGAGAAUGGCAAGUUUGGAAUGAUCGAGCUAUCACCUAAUGAUGCAACUACGCAGUUCCUGAGUCGUCUCUGCGUUUCCUAUGUAGAGAACCUUAAGAAGAACAUCUCUAGUCGUUUCCCCAACAUCCCACUCAUAGCUGCUUUCUCGAUCUUUAAUCCAGAGGCCAUCCCUGAAAGGAAUUCACCAGAGUUCAAAAGAUAUGGUGAGGAAAAGCUGGCCAAACUGGCAGACCACUUCAGCUCUACAUUGGAUACUGAAAGGUUAAAAUCAGAAUGGGAUCACUUCAAGUUCAUGGCUCUAGAGAUAAAGCAGGAGUAUUCAACUGUCAGCACAAUGCUCAAAACCACGCCAACUGAAUGGCUUCUUUCAAAGCUGACAAGUUCAAAGUCCUACAGCUUCAUGUUUCCAAACCUUGUCUCGCUAGAAGAAUUGGCACAGAACAUACCUGUCACCAAUGCCUGGCCCGAGAGAGGAGGCAGUGCAAUUAAACGUAUUAAAACAAGGCUAAGAAACAGGCUCGCAGACAAGAUGCUCGACAGCUUGCUACACUUAUCGAUCAAUGCACCACCUCCUGGCUCAGAUGAAGCUUCUGCCAUCAUACAGGAAGCUUCAACAAGGUUUGUAGCAGCGAAAGAGAGAAGGAAGCUACCUAGCAGACAAGACGUGCAAGAAAGUGAAACAGAAGCUGGUGCUUCAAGUGUAGAUCAGAAUCGAUCUAGUAGAACUGAACUAGAAGUAAGGGUACAGCAACUUGAAGAUCAACUGGAGGUCGAAAUGAUUCGUGCUGAUCACAGCACGCUACUGUUGAAGAAUAUGCUUCUGCAGUUCUGUCAUACUGGAUGCGAGAGUGAGCAAGAGGAUGGGACAGAUGAGAGUGAUGAUGACAGUUAA